GAAGAAUUUUCCGUGAAACAACAAAUAAAUACUCAUAGGUGAAUACGGCGCGGAUGCUAUCUGUGAAGUGCGCUGUGUUUCGCUGUUCGGACUCUGUUGAAGAGAUGUCGACGUUGAGUAUGAGGGCGCCCGGUCUGCAGACCACCACGGUGCUGGACACGAGGACGCUUCGAAUGCGAGGCGUCACGGCGCUCGAAGGCGUCAGAAGAAACUUGUUCGGUUCUACGGAUCGAGAAGAAAACAGAAGAUUUGUUGAGAGAGAGUUGGCUCGCCAACUGGAAUUGGACAGUCAGAGAUGGGGUUUUGAUUUUGCCAAUGAGAAACCUCUGCCAACUUCUCAGAGAUUUGCUUGGCAACUUGUUCCCGCGUCCACCAUCCCUGCAGCUCUCAGAAGGUCUCCGAUUACGGUCACAACUCCUGCUGCGAGCAAACCGACGCAGGAGGCCAAAGUUUCCAGUCCCGACAACAGCAAGACACAGAAAAGAAUAACAGAUUUCCUGAAGCCCCGCAAGCGGUUAUCGACGAGUGGCAAAAAAUCCCCCGCGCACGCGCAUAAGCACGAGUGCGGGCACGGCGCGCAUAUCCGCCCGCCGAAAGUAGCACGGCUUGCGCCCGCGCACCUCAAGCGCACCAGCUAGGUCCUGCCCACUCCGGUGACAACACAGAAUUGAACGAACAGCUUCGGCAGCUACAACAGAUGCACACCACCCAGGCUCCCUGCGGGUACAUCUGGUACCACGAACUUGACUGACCUCACGCCUACCGAACCGUCUAUGGAACUGUUCAAUUUUGUCAGACUUGUUGUCAUUCUGUGCAUAUUUUUGUUUUAUUAAUUUAUUGUAAUACCGUUUCCAAAUUACUAAUAAUGUUAAGUAAUGAGUAAGUUACUAUAAGAUAUAUCUUUAGUUCAACAAUUAAUAUAUCAUACAUGUGUCACUCACAUCACAGUCCAAGUUUUGCUCAAUGUUCGAUGCAAUAAUCCGUAAUCACCUACCUGUGCGGACAUUUCACUUCGAGCAGACCAUUUCCACUAAGCAAAAAGAAAAUCCUCGACAGAAAC